GGAAGUGGAGAGACUGGCGGCAAUGCGCUCUGACUCCCUGGUCCCCGGUACCCAUACCCCGCCAAUCCGGAGGAGGAGUAAGUUUGCCAACCUGGGAAGGAUUUUUAAGCCAUGGAAAUGGAGGAAGAAGAAAAGCGAGAAGUUCAAGCACACAUCAGCAGCCCUGGAAAGGAAAAUAUCAAUGCGACAAAGCAGAGAGGAGCUUAUAAAGCGAGGGGUCUUGAAGGAAAUCUAUGAUAAAGAUGGAGAACUUUCUAUAUCCAGUGAAGAAGGAUCACUGGAGAAUGGUCAGUCUUUGAGCUCCAGCCAGCUUUCACUUCCUGCCCUAUCAGAAAUGGAACCAGUUCCGAUGCCCAGGGAUCCCUGCUCUUAUGAGGUGCUCCAACCCUCAGACAUCAUGGAUGGGACAGUGUCUGAAGAAAGCCCCUCAGCCAGUGAGUCCGGAGCCCUCCUGUCCCAAGAUCCUUCCGCUAAGCCAGUCCUGCUACUUCCCCCCAAAAAAACUGCUGCUUUCCCUGGAGACCAUGAGGAGACCCCAGUGAAACAGUUGCCCUUUCUCAAGCAGCCCCCCGCCCUGCCUCCUAAACCCAUUGCCAGGAUUGCCAACCAUUUAACGGAUCCUGGUGCCCCUGUGAAAUUGCCUUGUUUGCCAGUGAAACUGUCUCCUCCGCUACCUCCAAAGAAAGUCAUGAUUUGCAUGCCUUUAGGAGGGCCAGAACUCUCCCUCGCUUCCUACGCGGCCCAGAAGAGUGCCCAGCAGACCAUGGCUCAGCAUCACCAUACUGUCCUGCCAUCCCAGUUGCAGCACCAGCUCCAGUACGGCAGCCACAGCCAGCACCUCCCCUCCGCCUCCAGUCCACUACCUAUGCAGCCAUCAGGUUGCAGGAUGAUAGAUGAAUUGAAUAAAACCCUGGCUAUGACCAUGCAGCGACUGGAAAGUUCUGACCAGCGAGUGCCCUGUUCUUCCUCCUACCACAGUUCUAGCUUACACUCGGGUGAUGGCGUCACAAAAACAGGACCCAUGGGCCUUCCAGACCUAAGACAAGUGCCAACUGUUGUGAUUGAAUGUGAUGACAAUAAAGAAAAUGUGCCUCAUGAAUCUGAUUACGAAGAUUCCUCCUGCCUGUACACAAGGGAAGAGGAAGAUGAGGAUGAAGACGAAGAUGAUGACAGCUCGUUAUACACUAGUUCUCUGGCUAUGAAGGUGUGCCGAAAAGAUUCCUUGGCCAUCAAGCUCAGCAACAGGCCCUCCAAGCGAGAGCUGGAAGAGAAAAACAUUUUGCCCAGGCAGACUGACGAGGAGAGGCUGGAGCUGAGGCAGCAGAUCGGCACCAAGCUUACCAGGCGACUGAGCCAGAGGCCGACUGCUGAGGAAUUGGAGCAAAGGAACAUUCUGAAACCUCGGAAUGAACAAGAAGAACAAGAGGAAAAACGAGAGAUCAAGAGGAGGCUAACCCGAAAGCUCAGUCAGAGGCCCACGGUUGAAGAGCUCCGUGAAAGGAAGAUCCUUAUUCGCUUCAGUGACUAUGUGGAAGUGGCCGAUGCUCAGGAUUAUGACAGGAGAGCAGAUAAGCCCUGGACUCGACUGACUGCUGCAGAUAAAGCUGCCAUUCGGAAGGAGCUCAAUGAAUUUAAAAGCACUGAAAUGGAAGUUCAUGAAUUAAGUAGACAUCUAACAAGGUUUCAUCGACCGUAGCAAUUGAAUUCCUCUUGAGUGCUCUGCUGUCUUCAAAACAUGAAUUUAUAAGAACCAUAAGUGCUGGUAUUAUUCACUUUCUCCCAUUACCAUGUAAAUCUUCUGAACUGCCUUUUUUUAAAAGAAGAGAAAAGAAGAAAAAAUAAACAUAAUGAGGAUUAUAUAUAUUAUACAUAUCUGUAAACUUGAUGGUUACCAUUCAGUCAUCAGACCUGCUGACAUUAACUUCUGACAGUGAAAAUACCCCCCACCCCACCCCUGGCAGGGCCAAGGACAACAGCUUGGCGUCCUCAUUUUAAGACUUUCUGGCAUGUGGAUGUGUCCUAUUUGUCCAAGCCCAGCUGGUAACUGCAUUCAUUCUGUCUCCAGCCACCCUCAUCCUCGCAAGCGUCUAUCACUCAACUCCAAAGAAAGCUGAGGCAAUGGGUUUCUUUCCGGGAAUGACUGUACAAAGUGAAAAAGUUCUGACUGGCCUUUUAAGUAAAGUCCCAAGCACUUAAACCAAAUGUGGCUUCUGCUUUGGGGAGCACCUUAGGAGGAGGAAGCAGUCAGGGAGUGCUGCUCUCAGUGACCCCUUUCCCUACACUCUCUCCAUUCCAGCCCUGUCCCCAUCCUCCAUACGCUGAACACAAAGGAAAGCCCUUUUCUACAUGAGUUUAUAAUCGACUAUUGGUCACAAGAGGUGUGUGCGCCUUGAGGAGUAGAAAGUUCAUCUUUGGUAACUGGUAAACUCACCUCAGACCAAAGUUGUGUCUCCUUCCCACAAAACUUGCUCAGAAUGAAUUAAGUAAGCAUUUUUAUUUCUUAAUGAAAAGUGGAUGACCCACAAGUGUUAAGAAAUCAGAAUGUCACCGAUGUUCACACACACACCUGAAUGUUAUUAAGGUACAAUGGCUAUGUAGGCAUGUACAUGUAAGACCUGCUUUACAAGCACAAUGGCCUAGGUAGCUAUUCUGCUUGGCUAAUGUUCUCAAUUUUACUAACGUGCUCCAAUGCUGGUUUUUGUCAAGUGCACCAUUUUAAAGUUAUGUCUUAGAAUAUGUCUUGGAAGUGAACUGGGCACAGCAUCGAAGCUUGAAGGCUGAAUGCAAGAGUUCAUGCCACUGACAUUGGUCCUUAAAUAACAGAUGGGCCUCUCCUCCAAAAACACUAUACUUGGUGGCUUUCCAUUCCCUCCUCUUUUGCUUUGAAGAGUUCACUUGGAGGCACAUCGGUGAUUCUACGUGAGCUCAGCAUGCAUCAGAACUCUAUAGCUAUGAACACCAGCCAUCCCAUGGUGCACCCUAUUGAUCUUUUAAAACCAGCAUGAAUCUUUUUCAUCUCUUUCAUAAUGCACAUAAGAAUGAGUUUAUCUAUGAAAUGGUUGGCCUGAUCUGAAAUGCACUGAUCUUGAGGGAAUAUGGAUCUCUCAAUGCAUUAUGAUGAAAAAGACAACUCUGACAAUAGGCAUAACAAUUACUGUCCUCAAGGGAGUUAUAUUUGGUUUAGUUUUGUUUUUGAGAGAGCCAGUAAGUCCUGAAUAGCAAAGCUCCACCCAGAUAUCUGAAAAUUUGCUUGUCACUCUAAUAACUUAAUGUGAUCCUUGGAUUCUCCACCUCAGGUACAUUUUGCUUAGAGGUGAACUGACUAGGCCUUCGCACAAACAAAAAGAGAGGUAAUCCCAUCACCAACCCAUCCUCCACCACCACCAUCACCACCAUACACACCAUACAUGAUUUGUGGCAGGAAGAAGUCCCUCUUUGAAUUCCUGCCAGCAGCUGGGGUCAUGCUGCUUUCAGGGGGUCAGCAUGUAUCUGGGCCAGCUUGGGACAGUUCCUCAGGGCAGAGCUCACCAGCUAGGGGACCCUCACCCAUGAGUUCCUCCAUGCCAUCAGGAAGGAACAUUCCAGGGGUCUACGUUGGUGUGUAUGUUAUUCCUGAGGCUUUGUCUCUAUUCAAAUGUUGAGUUCCACUAUUUAUUGUCUUGGGGAGAUAUUUUGUUCAGGGAGAAUGUGUGAGAAUUUUAAUACUGCUGUAAAUAAGGUCUUCCCAAAAGGCUUACUGACAUGUGAAUGUGCAAGUGGCUUGAUGAAAUAUUUAGGGCCCUAUUGUUUGACAUCUAUAUCCAGUAUUGAAGAUGCUGCUGUUGUAUUGGUUUCCAGGUUGAGGGGAAUUGGUUUUGCCCACCCCAGUCAUGAAUCCAGUAACUUCUUCCUGAGAAACAAUACCCCUGGUUUUCUCUUGGAGUAGGGGGAGGCAUCUUCUGUGGGCUAGACCCCUCUCACCAAGGCCUAUUGAUGUCUCCACUCUGCUUUUUAACCCUUCUGAGGGCUCGAUGUAACAACAUUCUUGUAUCUCACAAGGAGCCAACCAGCAGAAUACCUGGGUUUUCUCCCCAAAGUGCCCAACCACUGCAGUCCACUUUAUACUCACGAAGAUUAACCAAAUUUAUUUUUGCUUCCUGCUAAGCACCUUUUUCCCAGGCAUCAUUUGCACUGUCAGACGUGUAUCCUCACAGCCCUCUGACAACAGUGGGAACUGUGCUUGCAGAGCCAAGGUGGGCUAUUUCCAGCUUCAUUUGUGUGGUUCUUGCACCCACCAUCUGCCAUGGGUAGCACCAACAAAUAUGGACUGCAGGCUGAGGCCCUCUAAUCUAUGGCUGUUUUUGCAAUACCUUGAGUUAUCUGUGGAAAUCUGUCACUUCUUUUUUACCACAUUGCUAUGUCAACUGAGCCAAUACACAUUACUGUGUAAGACUUUGAUUCCAAUUCAGACAGAAGAGGAGUGGCCUAGAUUCUGUUUAAACUGCAUCCCUCUUCUGAGGAAGCUACAGUUUUUAAAUGAAACCUUCUUUUAUGUGAUGUGAAUUCCCAGUACUGAAAAAUCUUUUUGGACAUUUGGAUUAUCAUAAGAAAAAAAUGUGCUAUUUCUAAACAAAUAUUUGAACAUCUGGAUUAUUUUAAGAAGAGGGGGGAAAGAUGUGGUAUUUCUAGCCAAGGUUAACUUUAUCAAACUAGACUUUCCUUAAUGCUGGAAGAAAAAGAUUGCUAUGUAUGUUUCUAUUUUUUUUUCCAUUGUAAGGCCAGUUCAUCCUCAAUUACAACAGAUUGGAAUUGGAAGGACCUUUAAAAUCAUCUAGCUCCUCCUCUUAAUUUGAAACUCAGAGAGGUCAAGACUUUGCUCAGGUCGCGUAGUAAGUAGCAGCUCCAGGAUUUGGACCUAAGCCUCCUGAUUUCCAAGUCUGAUGCCACUACACCACACAAAUGUUAUUUUUUUCUGCAUCCAAGGACAUAGCAGAUCCCCUGAACCUGGAGUUCAAUUAGAGAAAUUGCACAGAGGGAUGGUCAGUGAAAUAGAGCUGUCAAGGUUUCAUUCUCUUCCCUUCUUGAGAAAGUAGCAUUUACAAACUGCAGAACCAAUACGGUGGCACACACUCAGAAGAAUGGUAUCUCUAACAUUCCUUCAUGCACAGAGAGUUAGCCGAGAGCACCUGAAAUGGCUUUUUCCCUUGUGUCUGUUCGAUCCAGAACCAGCUGCAUUUUCCAGUUGCUAACCCAGUGUCUGUACAUAGCUCGUCUUUGUAUGGGAGUGAAUGUGGUGGCUGUCGAUCCUGUGCUCUUCAAGUAUUGUAAUUGACCAGAUCAUGAACAAGAAAUUAUCUGUAAAUAGGAGAACAAUUAAACUGGAUCUCUGUGUCCUGGGUUUUGUACAUACAGAAACUGCAUGGUAUUUAAAUUAUUGUUUGUCUCUGAUGAUGUAUGCAGUUUCUUUAACAACAGCAAAAAAAA